UGUAUGUAUUCCAAGUUCCAAUUCCAAAUUCCAAGUUCGAUUUAAAUUGAUCGCUGCCCGGACCUAUUAAAAACAGCUGAUCGCUGAUCCUGAUCAAUUUUAUUUUUCACUUUUCUGAACAUAAUUAUGGUGAAUUUAUCGUUGUCGAUUUAAACAGAAAAGAAGAAAUAAUAAUGAAGACUUCGCAUUUUCUUAUUUUAUCUAAGAAAAUAAAAUUGACCUUAUUGUCGAUAACAAAUAUGAGUAAUUGUGGCGAGACAAUUACAUGUGCAAUUCACUCAAGAAAUCAAGAAAAUUACAAGUUUAUUAACAAUCAGAAAUUCUUGCGUGUAUAAAUGCGCUAUAACAUUCUUCAGAUUUUGGAAAGAUUUCGAGGAAAAUGAAAUAAAUGACACGUGUUAUUAUCUUACAUGAGUCAUGUUGGUGAUUAGACGCGAAGAUGAACACUGUGAAGCAUAAAAUAUGCAUGGUCUCCGACUUCUUUUAUCCCAACAUGGGUGGGGUGGAGGAGCACAUUUUUAAUCUAUCCCAAUGUUUAUUGGGUCAGGGUCAUAAAGUUGUGGUGCUCACUCAUUCGUACAGAGACAGAGUUGGAAUACGUUACAUGACCAAUGGUCUGAAAGUAUACUACAUACCGGUAAAGGUCUUCUAUAAUCAGUGCGUUCUUCCAACUAUGAUCUGUUCCAUUCCUCUUAUCAGAUAUAUUUUCAUAAGAGAGGAAAUUCAAAUAGUGCACAGCCAUUCGGCGUUCUCUGCGCUUGCUCACGAAGGAAUGCUAAUAGGUCGAUUGAUGGGAUUGAAAACAAUUUUUACAGAUCAUUCACUUUUUGGUUUUGCUGACGCCUCCGCGAUCUUGACAAAUAAAUUUUUAGAGAUAUCAUUGGCCGAUUGUGAUCACUGUAUAUGUGUGUCGCAUACAGGUAAAGAGAAUACAGUAUUAAGAGCCAAAGUUCCAAAAGAGAAAAUCUUUGUUAUACCCAAUGCGGUGGACACCACAUUAUUUAUGCCGGAUGUUAGUAAACGGGACAAUAAUUUUAUUACGAUAGUCAUAGUGUCGCGACUAGUGUAUCGCAAAGGCGUCGAUUUAUUAGCUCGCAUUAUACCCGAUAUUUGUAGUCGGCACGAGAAUGUGCAGUUUUUGAUCGCUGGAGAUGGUCCAAAAAGAUGGCUGAUCGAGGAGGUACGAGAAAGAAACUUGUUGCAGCACAGAGUGACGUUGUUGGGCAGCUUGGAGCAUUCUGAGAUCAAGCAUGUGCUGAACAAAGGCCAUAUCUUUCUGAACACUAGUCUUACCGAAGCAUACUGUAUGGCAAUCGUCGAGGCUGCUUCCUGCGGGUUGCAAGUGGUCUCGACGAAAGUAGGUGGCAUACCCGAAGUAUUACCUCCUGAUUUAAUUUAUUUAGUGGAACCCACUGUGCCUGCCCUUGUCGAAGGGCUGGAGACUGCCAUAACAGAUUAUAGAGAAAAUAAUACCAGAUGCCUUUACGAAGCCAAUAGAAGAAUAAGUCUGUUUUACAACUGGUUUAAUAUAACCAGAAGAACUGAGAUAGUAUACAAUUUAGCGAGACAAGAACGAAGAAAGACUUUAGGCGAACAAUUGGCAAACUAUGUUCGCAGUGGAGUAUUAGCAUAUCUGUUGGUUGUGUCGUUAUGCUAUAUUAUUAUACAAAUUUUCGAAUUUCUUGUACCAAGAAAAUACAUCGAUAUCGCGAAGGAUUACACAGACAUGAACGUUAUAAAUGUUCACGGGGAUGGAGAAGAAGAAUAACGAUCAUUUCCUGUAAAUCGGAAGCCAGUUUCCAUGUUCCCCUUAAACCAAGACAUUCCAAUAAUUAGACUACUAGUAUAAAUCUUGAUACUUUCUCUUAUAUCUUUUAUGUACGUAUUGAAAACCAAAAAGCACAGUGUCUAAAGUACAAAUACAAUUGUUAGCGAAAAUCGAGUCGAUAAAAAGCAAA